GCUGUCUUGUUGUGCAGCUGGGGGAGAAUCGGAGUGUGUGGACUGCAGGUAAACUGGGAGUGAUGGGAGCCACCUGGAUCUCAUGGAGAACAACGACAACUGUCAUCAUUACUAUACUACAAAUCCAAGCGCUGAUCAGUGUCAAAACCAAAGCUGUUACCGGUGUGGAAGGACAGAUGUUUGACUUCAGAUGUGACUAUCAGGACGGCCAGCAGAGCAAUGCCAAGUACUUCUGCCAUGUUGAUGAAAAUGUGUCCUCCGGUCACCUGAUACGGACAGAGAAACACAACCAGUGGGUGAGAAAUGGACGUUUCUCUCUUUACGACAACACCACCGGAGCCUUCUUCGUUGUCAGGGUGGACAAACUCAUCUCAGAGGACAGGGGGACGUACUGGUGUGGGGUGGACAUCAGCUUGCAAGUUGAUGAUAUCAGGGCCAUACAGCUGAAUGUGUCCCGAGCCAAACCUUCAGAAAACCAUACUCAUUACACAACUGCAUCGACCAUCUUUCAAAAGGACCUCACAGUGGACAAGCUCAACCUGCCGCUGUACCUGACUGCAGCGAUGUGUGUGGCAGCGAUACUGAGUGUGUGUUUCUUUACACUGUGUCUUCUGCUGGCUGUUAAACACAGAAGAUCAGGCACACGUCAGAACAGAGAGACAUCAUCUGACUACGAGACAAUGACGCCUGGUGUAAGAACUGAACCCGAGCUCCGCUGCAGCUGCAGCUGUUCAGACUGCGCUGAUCUCUCAUCUUUACCAGCUCCACCGCCUGACCCCUGGUCCCACUACACGUCAAAGCACUGGGUGUCUGAGGACACUCCCGCCCAUGGUGAAUAUGUUGAUGUGGAUGUACCAAGGCACAUCUGCCAGUAUCAACAUCUGGAUUUCAGCCGUUUAGAGGAGCACAUCUAUCACAGCCUUAAUGGAAACAGGGGGCCUAAAGACGGACCUCCGGGAGUCAGAGAGCAGAUUGACUGUUGAUGCUGUUAAAGGAUUGUUCCAAGUUAAUUACAACUUGGGUCUAGAGUUUGAAGAUUUGGCCAUAAUUUCUGUCAGUUAUUAUAAUUAACUAAGUCUUAUAGAAAGUCUGUAACUUUAUCGUUAACCCUUAUUUUCCUCUGCCAUGUUAUUGUUAAUGUAUGGUUAUCGUUAUAGGUAGGAAUGAUGGCCAAAACUGCAACAAUAAGAUCCAACAUGUAACAAACCAACAUUAUUCUUCCUGUGUAUGGAUGAAAGAGAGUUGAACAGAUGCUGGCCAGUUCAAAAGUUAACAAUUCAGGAUAUUUAGUAAAUCAAGGAGUUGUACUGUUGAUUUUUUGUGUGCUGUGGAGGAAAAUGUACCACUUUGGACGGCGCAAACAAAAGAAAAGACUGAAACGAGAUACCACAGUCUGAGCCGGACUCUCCACUCAAACUGUCAGGGUUAACAAAAUCCACCAAGAGGAGCAGACUCUCUCUCUCUCUCUCUGCUUUAUCAUAUAUUUCACCAAAAUAAAUCAAGUGGUAAUAUCUGAAGAUGUCCUUGUAUCCAUUAUCUACUGCCCUUAAACAUUCACUGUGUGACAGGUAAGACGUGGGAGGGAUGUUUUGACGCCUUUGACACGGCUGAGGGGUUUUGUGGGGAGAUUCAGACAGAGGAAGCACAGUGUGCACAGUUUUCAUUCGUUUAACAUGAAGUCAAGGCGAGAUGAGAAAAGAGUAAAGCGGACAAAGGUGUACGCCUCCUGUGAGUAUAACGUGGAGAGGAUUUUCCUAAUG